AUGGCGUAUCUGCGCUGUAGGCGAGACCCCUGCGGCGUUAUCUGUCUGAUUUUAACUUAUUUUAGCGUAUUAUACGCGGACUACGUGGUCAUACAGUAUGUCCUCGUCCCCACCUACUCGGGCAGUGUGUGGUGUACUCUACAUGGAUCAGUCUUCAACCUGAUUCUGCUGCUGCUGCUGGCCUGCCACUCCAAAGCUGUCUUCUCAGAUCCUGGUAUGGUGCCUCUUCCUGACACAGCCAUAGACUUCUCAGACCUUCGCUCGCAGUCGUCUCGGAUGAAUGAGCGGGGCUGCGAGGGCUGGACGGUGUGCAACCGCUGUGAAACCUACAGACCUCCCAGAGCGCACCACUGCCGCGUCUGUCAGAGGUGUAUACGCCGUAUGGACCACCACUGUCCAUGGAUCAACAACUGUGUCGGGGAGUUAAACCAGAAGUAUUUCAUCCAGUUUCUCUUCUACACCGGCAUGGCCUGUCUGUACUCCAUGGUGCUGGUGGUGUCGGCCUGGGUGUGGCGGAUCAGGAACGAGGGAGAAGGCGACGUAGAGAAGGAGGGAGAGGAGACGCCCAGCAAACACCUGAUAGUUGCUCAUUACAUUGUCCUCCUGGUGGAGUCGGUGUUGUUCGGUGUAUUUGUCAUGGUUAUCUUCUACGAUCAGCUGGUCUCCAUAAUCACAGACGAGACUCCCAUAGAGCAGAUGAGGAACAGGCUGAUGAUCAAGGACAAAGGCUCUUCAUCCUCCUCGCAGCUGCCUCACCACCCGUCGCACACCCGCAAGCCCAAGCUCGCUCUGCUGCGGGAGGUCUUCGGAAGAGGUUCAGUUUUCUGCUGGCUUCUUCCUCUCCACUCCAACCCUCCGUCUGUCGGCGGCAUCACCUACUCCGCCCUGCCCAACUACGACGUCUGACCUUUGACCUGUGAGAGCAAGAGGGGGUGACGAGGAAAGGAUGGCGAUGAAGGUUUUGUGUGCGUGUGCGUGUGCGUGUGUGUGUGUGUUCAUGUGUGAGAAUGAAUUUUUCUGCCUAACUAUGAUGUCUUAUCCUUGGAACUGAGAGAUGAAGAGGAAGGAGGAUGAAGGCCGAGACGGGGGAUGACUGCAGAGAGAGAGA